GGAGAACUAGAGAACAAUGCGUAUAUGGUAUUGGAGCUUCACUUUGAUUUUAUUAUUCGAUGUAGCUAACAGCAAGAAACAGUCGAAAUCGAGACACUCUAAAGUUAUCCGAAGGAAAACCAUUAUCAAGUGUUGCGGCUUGAAGAGAUGCUUGCCUUCCGUGAUGAAGAAACGGCCGAUGAACAACACGACAAUUACAUUGGACCAAAAGAGCAAAGCCAACAGGCUGCCAACAACGCUGCUGAUGAGUUCGGUGGAAACAACAGGAAACUGGGGCGAGAGUGACGUCACCAAACCAACAACUGUCGAAGCGAUGAUGAGUAAAAAUCAGCACGAACUUAUUUACACGAAAUAAUUUAUGAUUUAUUGCUGUAUGUAGUUAAUGUGAAAUAUUUUCUUAAAAAAAAGCUCAGGACUCAGUCAGUCACGGCGACAGCGUGGAAACGACUGGAAGAUCUGAGACCACCACCAGUCAAAAAUCUGAUCUAACAAUCAAAACGACUGUUCUUCCUCUUGAAGCAACCAGUAGCGCCAUGACGGCUAAACUGAACACUUCUCCGCCGUUAACAACCUCAACGGAAAUAAUUUCAACUAACCCGUCAAGUACAACUUCAACAAUAGCACCAACAAGCACAUCAACAACAACAAAUGCACCAACAACUACAACAACAACAGUAACCACGACCAUGAUCAAAACGACGACGAUGACAACAACCACAACAACACCACCAACUACUACGACGCCUAAGUGCAUCUUGUCGUGCACAGAUUUCAACAACUAUAUGGUGAGAACACCAUCGAUCAAACCCUCCUCUUCCGAUGGUUCUGUGCAAGGUGUGAGCACGUGCACAAAGAAAUAUUAUGUAUCUAGCGUAACUGCUCCGAGAAAUGAAGCUGCUUUGCGAUGCAAGUCGAUGAAAAUGGCGCUCUUGGCUGUCACUUCUAUCGCGGAAUUGGACUGUCUUUUCAGUGUGAAAGAGGGUACAUAUUGGACGAGUGGAUCUAAUGAGGAUGAAAAUUGCAAUUUGGCGAAAAAAUACUCAUGGUGCUCGACAGGCUCCGAUAUUUCAACAACCCUCACGUCUUCGUCCAAGUUUUGGCUGCCGACCAACACAAUCCCUUCCUCUUUGGAACGCUGUCUGGCUGUUGUCACCUCCCAAAAAGGGUUGGUGCAUAAGAAAUGCGACGAUGUUCUGCCCUACAUCUGCCAGUUUGAGGUCGACUGCCCAAAAACUUGCACGAAAAAUGAUUCUUUGUUUGACUUGGAUGGGAACUUAAAACGUAAAAAUUCAUUGGGUUAUUGGACUGACGUCGGCAGCUACACAUAUCUCUUUGGAAAUAAGCUGAUGACUUGGGAUGGAACCUGGAGUCAGUGUUGCGCUUUGGGAAUGAAAACGCUCACUAUUGACAACGCUGAGGAGCAAGCAGGACUUUCAAACUUGACCAUCUUGCUUAAAGACAAUUGGCCAAUUAAUUACAACUACUGGACUUCCGGAACGUGGAAAGGGGCUCCUGAGGGUCAGUGGUCGUGGUGCGAGUCCGCGGGGACCAGCACCUUGGAUCAGGGCCUCAAAUGGGAAAGCGGUCAGCCGGACAACCUUGGAGGCAGCGAACAGUGCAUUCACUUCAGCUUUGCUAUGAAUUCCACGCAAGCCGUCCUGACUGAUAGGAAUUGCUCCAACAGAUACAUUUACGCUUGCAAAAUGCCAUAUAUGGUGACUCCAAAGCCAUGCGUUGUCGCUUGUCCGAAAUCCUGCCAGCGUGACGCUUCACUGUUCACCCCUGAUGAUCAACUUAUAAACCAUACUUCUUACGGUGAGUGGUUUAAUGGGUGCGGCCGCAAUUAUUUGUUCUACAAUAAAAUGAGAUUGAAUUGGGCAAGUGCCUGGGCAACCUGUUGCAGCUUUAGAAUGGGCCUGACCUUCUUAGAUACAUCUGACAAAUUACAAUGCAUUUCCAAUAUAAUCACAAAGUUUCCACCACAUACAAUUGGAGACUUUUGGCUUUCGGGAACGGCUUUAGGAUGCGGAGGAAACCUUCACUGGUGCUUCCUGGACCGCGAUUUCAACAACAAAGAUCUGAAGUGGAAGGAAGGUCACCCUAAGAUAGGCCUCGAGUGCGUUUACCUCGAAGCGAGGAACGAUUCGGUUCUUUUGGCAACUGCGGAUUGCAAUGAACAGAAACAGUUUCUGUGCGAUGUGCAGAAGCGGGGCCAGAGCCAGGUCGCCAAGCUGAAUGAAUGCCUCGAAACUUGGCAAGUCAAUGAUGAGGAACUCUACUGGCUCAUGAACGCGACCUAUUUGCAAGAAACUAACAUCACACGCCGCCAGAAGUGCUUUAUCAGAUGCAUCGGGAACAUGUUUGGAUUGAUGGGCUUUGGAGACGUGAACGCUAUUGCAUUGUUACGACAAGUUGAGCUUGCGACCCAGGGUGGACCUCAGAAAAUGGAAGACGGACUGAAGGUCCAAGACGAGUGCGGCGGGAAAAAUUUCGAUGACGAGUGCGUGACUGCGUUCGAAAUAUACAAGUGUGGACAGGAAAAAGCUCCCGACAUGGUUUUCAACAUGGUCUCGAAUAACUUCGGCACCGGGCCAGUGGUUGAACCACCAGUUCCAGGCAUUCCGGUUUGGAGAACUUGUUGGCUUUCAGGUGCUGGAUUUCCGUGCGCUUCAGACCAAACAGCUAUCAAUGCAAUAAAUGCUAAUACUGACGCCAGUGGGAUAAAAAUUACAUUUCAAGGCAAGACCUUUUUUGUGUCAUAUGAUGACCCUGCUUGGAAUUUGAACGCGGUUGAUGCUUACCAACAUUGCUGCAAGCUUGGAAUGAGACUGUACGAACCUCAGACCUUAAAAGAACUUUAUUACACCAGGAACUUAACAGAACUGGCUGGUGGACCUGAAUUCCAUGAUGCCAUCUUUAUCUUGCUGGGCGACACGGAAUUCAUCAACAGUACGCACGAGGUUUGGUGCGGCAGCAGGACCUUGGUUCCAGACGACAUGUUCGACCCUGAUCCGACCUUAAGGUACCCUACCACUAAGUCGAUUGUCAGUUAUAACAAUGGCCCUACGAUGUAUAUGGCGAUCGAUGAAAAUAAAUCCAUCCUUGACAUUCACUUCUAUUACAUACAACAUCAAACACCUGGUUCUGGUGUCGUUAGAAGAUUUAUCUGCGAGCAAGUGUAA